UACUAAAUCCAUUUCAGGUGAAAACCCUAGAUAAACCCCUCAUAUUCACACACAUCGUCUUCCUCACCGAUCAUCUCAUUUUCUUUGUAAAUGGCCACCGCCGCUCUUCUCAGAUCUCUCCGCCGACGAGACAUCGCUUCUUCUUCUCUUUCCGCCUUCAAAUCCUUAAGUGGAACCAAAUCAUCAUGGACUGGAUCAUAUACGAGUCACAAGAUGGGCAUGAUUGCCAGGCCUUUCAGCUCGAGACCUCUGGGAAAUGAAGUUAUUGGUAUCGACUUGGGUACUACAAACUCCUGUGUUGCGGUUAUGGAAGGAAAGACUGCAAAAGUUAUAGAGAAUUCCGAAGGAUCACGAACGACUCCAUCAGUUGUGGCGUUCAACCAAAAAGGAGAGCUGAUCGUGGGUACCCCAGCUAAACGCCAAGCGGUAACUAACCCUACCAACACCGUGUUUGGGACAAAGCGGUUGAUUGGACGAAGAUAUGACGAUCCACAAACUCAGAAGGAAAUGGGAAUGGUCCCGUACAAGAUUGUCAAGGCUCCAAAUGGAGAUGCCUGGGUCGAGGCUGGUGGGCAGAAAUAUUCUCCUAGCCAGAUUGGUGCAUUUAUUCUAACUAAGAUGAAGGAAACUGCUGAAGCUUAUCUUGGAAAGACGAUCAAUAAAGCUGUUAUUACUGUGCCCGCUUAUUUUAAUGAUGCUCAAAGGCAAGCAACGAAAGAUGCAGGGCGUAUUGCUGGACUCGAUGUGCAGAGGAUUAUCAAUGAGCCAACUGCUGCUGCUCUCUCAUAUGGAUUAAACAACAAAGAAGGUCUUAUUGCCGUGUUUGAUCUUGGUGGUGGAACUUUUGAUGUUUCUAUAUUAGAGAUUUCAAAUGGUGUUUUUGAGGUGAAAUCAACAAAUGGGGAUACUUUCCUUGGAGGAGAGGAUUUUGAUAAUACUAUGUUGGAGUUCUUGGUUGGUGAAUUUAAGAGAACAGAGGGAAUAGACCUGUCAAAGGACAAGCUUGCUCUUCAGAGGCUUAGGGAAGCCGCUGAGAAAGCUAAGAUAGAGUUGUCAUCCACAACCCAAACUGAUAUUAACCUGCCAUUCAUCACAGCUGAUGCUUCUGGUGCUAAGCAUUUGAACAUCACCCUUACAAGAUCAAAGUUUGAGGCUUUGGUUAGCCAUUUGAUUGAGAGAACCAGGAACCCAUGCAAAAACUGUGUCAAGGAUGCGGGAAUCACAACCAAGGAUGUUGAUGAAGUUCUUCUUGUGGGUGGCAUGACACGUGUUCCUAAAGUUCAGGAGGUGGUUACAGAAAUCUUUGGGAAGGCCCCAAGCAAAGGGGUGAAUCCCGAUGAAGCGGUUGCCAUGGGAGCAGCAAUUCAGGGUGGGAUUCUUCGUGGAGAUGUUAAGGAAUUGCUUUUGCUUGAUGUCACUCCCUUGUCUCUUGGUAUUGAGACACUUGGCGGCAUUUUCACCAAGCUCAUUGGUAGGAAUACCACAAUCCCAACAAAGAAAAGUCAGGUAUUUUCAACGGCAGCAGACAACCAAACUCAGGUGGGUAUCAAGGUCCUGCAAGGAGAGCGUGAAAUGGCAAGUGACAAUAAACUCUUGGGCGAGUUUGAACUUAUGGGCAUCCCUCCUGCACCAAGAGGCAUGCCUCAGAUAGAAGUAACGUUCGACAUUGAUGCCAACGGUAUUGUCACAGUUUCAGCCAAAGAUAAAGCAACAAACAAGGAACAACAGAUUACUAUUAGGUCCUCGGGAGGGCUCUCAGAUGAUGAGAUUGAGAAAAUGGUCAAGGAUGCUGAACUCCAUGCCCAAAAGGAUGCUGAAAGGAAAGCACUUAUCGACGCCAAAAACAGUGCCGACACUACCAUUUACAGCGUUGAGAAAAACUUGAACGAGUACAGAGACAAACUUCCUGCAGAUGUGGUCUCUGAGAUUGAAACGGCCGUGUCAGAUUUGAGGAAAGCCUCUGGUGGUGAGGAUGCUGCUGAGAUUCAAGCAAAGAUUGAUGCUGCAAAUAGGGCACAGUCGAAAAUAGGUCAGCACAUGCAGGGUGGUUCAGGUUCAGGAGGUGAUGGAUCUGGAGGAGGUUCACAAGGUGGCAACCAAACACCCGAGGCAGAAUAUGAGGAGGUAAAGAAGUAGAGUGGUCUUUAAGUGUUCACAAGAUUUGCUAUUAGAUGUUUUUGUAACUAAUGCCGUAACAUGAGUUGAUCAGAUCUAGUAGAAAUAAUCACAUACCUGUUUAGUUGUACUUGAUCUUGAAACCUUAUGCCUUUUGGGAACUUGAGCUGGAGGUGCAUUUUUAUAUCACGAUGCCAUCAGUGUACUGGCUUUGAGGAUGAAUCAUGUUUUUUA